AUGCACACAAGCGGCGCCGCCGUCAUGCCCGAAUGCCAUUACCCACAUCGGGUAGUCAUCUCCCCUUUCUUAGCGUCGCAAAGCCCCGUUAGGUUUCCUCUGCCCUGGACGAGGAAGGGAGAGACUGAGCGGAGGGUAAAAAGCUCAAGUCUUGAUGGCGUCAAAAAAGACAGUCACACUUUGGCCGAGGUGGAGGAACCCGCCAAGACGGCCAAUGGGAUCCGUUCUGUGCCUGGAUUAUCUCAUUCCAACCGUGUGGCUUCGGGCUUGCAUCUGCAGGGACAUGAUGCAACCCUGUUUUAUCCCACAUCCCAUCACCGUCCAAACGCCGUCUCGCAAUUAAUGAAGCUGCACCCGUAUCCAGGAUAUUACAGCAUAUGCUCGAUGCAUUACGUCGACGGGUCACGGCAUUACCAAGGCACAGCAAACAUCGAGCUCUGUGCUCCGGUUCUCCAUAUGUGUUCAUGCUCCCCGUGUGUUCCGACUCGCUGGGCUGCAUCGCGCGUUGCAUCGCGUCGUGACGUACCGCAGCAAUGCACUGCACUCACAAGGAGGCGCCUGGAUGAGCUGGUCGCUGUUCAAUCUCGAUUGGCCACGAUUCGAUGCGUGCGGAGGGAGGAGGAUCAACAAGGCAGGAUUCUCACCCUUGCCUUCCGAGGCUUCUGGUACAAUUCCUGGAUCUACAGUCGAGAUGACAAGCAAGGAUCAUGGGACUGCCCGCUCUCUCGCUUGAUGCUCCGUAAUCAUCUUGUUAACAACUCAACCUUGACAAUAGCAUCGGCCGCCUGGGACUCGGGCGAGUUCUUGCGCCCUCUCCACUUACCAUGA